AGUUACUGUACAGGAAAGAGGGAGGAUAUUAGGUCAAAGUGAGUCGCGCUGAAGUGUACUCAUGGUUACAGAUUCUGCAAGAGCGUAUGCGUGCUCCUGACGCAACAAGUAUCUGGUUUCCAGUCUCUCCUUUGGAUGACUACGCGCUGUCUGGAGACGAAGAGCUUUUAACAUGAAGAAAAUGCAGAGCCAACAUUGUAUCUGAAGUAAUACAGUUUUUAAACUGUCGUGUGUGGAACUGCGCUUAGUUUUAACCGAUUGCAUAAUAGUUGCUCUGACUUUUACCGUUAUUUCUACUCUUCUAGUUGCAUUACAGGAUCGAACUGUAUUUGAACGCGGUCUUUUACGGAUUUUCAUGACAUCUUUUCUUUAGCCGUAAGUGUUUUACGCAUAUGGAUACUUUUCUGGAGCGCAGAGGGUAGAUUAUGCAUUCCACAGGAUGGGUGCGAACAAUGGGAAACAGAGCGGGAGUGAAGGGAAAGGCAGUUCCAGUAUUUCCUCCGACCUGAGUUCAAGUACGGAUCAGACAUCAACCAAAGCUCCAAAGAAUGCAGCUACCAGUGAAGAUUCGGACCUUAGCAUGCGAACAGUCAGUACGCCAAGUCCAGCUCUGAUUUUGCCACCUCGUUCAUCUUCAGCCGUACUUAAUGGCUCAUCUACAUCCUCUUCCACGUUCGGCACGGAAACCAUCGCCAUGGUCCACACGCCGCCCACUUCCCUCACCCAUCCUCAAAGAGGCCUGCGGCAACCGAGAGACCAGCAGGGGGCGCCCAUUGACAUCCUCCCUGACCAUGCUUUCCUACAGAUCUUCACCCACCUGCCCACCAACCAGCUGUGCCGGUGCGCCCGCGUGUGCCGUCGCUGGUACAACUUGGCGUGGGAUCCCCGCUUGUGGAGAACUAUUCGUCUAACGGGAGAUGUGCUACACGUGGACCGUGCGCUUAGGGUUCUCACUCGCAGACUGUGCCAGGACACCCCCAAUGUGUGUCUGACCCUGGAGACGGUGGUGGUCAGUGGCUGUCGGAGACUGACUGAUCGAGGACUGUACACGGUGGCACAGUGCUGCCCAGAGCUCCGGCGCUUAGAGGUGGCCGGCUGUUAUAACGUGUCCAACGAGGCUGUGUUUGAGGUGGUGUCACGCUGCCCCAACUUGGAACACCUGGAUGUUUCAGGGUGCUCUAAGGUAACCUGCAUCAGCCUGACUCGGGACGUAUCCGUGAAACUCUCCCCUCUUCAUGGACAGCAGAUCUCUAUCCGCUAUCUUGACAUGACUGACUGUUUUGCUUUGGAAGACGAAGGCCUGCACACCAUUGCAGCUCACUGCACUCAGCUCACCCAUCUCUACCUGCGGCGCUGCGUGCGUCUGACUGACGAGGGCCUGCGAUUUUUGGUCAUCUAUUGCCCAUCUGUGCGGGAGCUUAGCGUCAGCGAUUGCCGCUUCAUCAGUGACUUUGGCCUGCGGGAGAUUGCUAAACUAGAGGGCCGCCUGCGGUACCUCAGCAUAGCGCACUGCGGCCGCAUCACAGACGUGGGCGUGCGCUACGUGGCUAAAUACUGCAUUAGACUGCGUUACCUGAACGCUCGUGGCUGCGAGGGACUGACAGACCAUGGCAUUGAGCACCUUGCCAAGAACUGCCUCAAGCUCAAGUCCCUGGACAUUGGGAAGUGCCCGUUGGUGUCGGACGCAGGCCUGGAGCAGCUUGCACUAAACUCGUUCAACCUGAAGAGACUGAGUCUGAAGUCAUGCGAGAGCAUCACGGGCCGUGGGCUGCAGGUGGUUGCGGCAAACUGCUUCGACCUUCAGCUGCUGAAUGUACAGGACUGUGACGUGUCACUGGAGGCGCUGCGCUUUGUCAAGCGUCACUGUAAACGCUGCGUCAUUGAACAUACCAAUCCAGCCUUUUUCUGAGAGCUGCACACAUGAGAUUGUGUGGAUGGAUUUGAGAAGAUAAUCUCUUUUGACCCGGGCCGGUGACGUCUCUGCUAUACAACAUAGUGGAGAUUUGCACUGCUCCACCUCUGUAUUUAAUUUGCAUGGUUGGGAGAAAUCUUAACUUUUUAAUUCAUCUAUUUAUAUUUUUAUUCACUUAUAUAUUUUUUUUGAUUACUCAUCUUUUCUAUGUCAGAUUGUAUUACAUGUAACAUGUACAUUUCAAGCAAUGAAUUUUCAUGAAUGCAAUUUGUUGAUGCAUAGAGGAUUACAUGAUGUGACUUUAACCAGAAAUGAAACUAUUUUGCAGAACUACAGUGGCCCAUAAUUCAAUUUCUUCAGUGUUUACAUUUGAUAUCUCUUUUAUGAAUGUUUUGCUUUGUUUCAUCAUGUUAGCCUUGUAACAGCUUGGUUUCUAUCUUGGUUUCAUUGCCAAGGAAUUUUACCAAACAGUGCCAUAUUUGUUGUGACGUUCACCUUUGUAAUGGUCAAUAAGGCUUGUUUCGGGUGUUUAACAGAUGGAUGACCACGGUGGAAUAAAGAGGUCUAAGCCAUAUCAAACAAAAUCAUGUCUGCUUUUAUCCCUGAAUGAAGAUGCAUGGGUUAAAAUGCAGAUGAUCUCAAAAUCAAGUGUCUUUGUCAGUUUGUGUUCAAAAGAGAGUAAGCAUCGAGCAACGUAGAUGUUUUUAUGCAGUUUAUUGUGGAAUACAGUAUCUUAGCACAACGCUUUCUUUUAAAAAAAGACGCAUCUAUUUAGGAUCUAUCCAAACACUCUACUAAUUCUAAUAUGAUGCUUCAAACAUGCUUGGCUCAGAAGUUUUCAGUCUAUAAAGUCUGGUUUCAUUUGUAGACAGUCCGGAUUCAUUGCUAAGACUUAGUUUCAUUUGGGAUAUCCAAUUUAUACUUUAAAGAAUCAAAUGUGUAACUGAGUCCACUUAAGAAGAGUUGUGUAGAACCAAAUUGCAGUUUUAUUAGAGUAAACGAGAACAAAUACAACAUAAACGGACUAAAACAAUGACCUGAACAAACUUGAAACUUGAAAACAUGAAAACUCAUCAAACAGUUGUUACACAAACAGAGCUAGACAAAAGACAAUGGUAGCAUGAGGGCUAUAUAUACACAAGGACUAAUCACAUAACAAGGAAUACCUAGAAGCAAUCAAACAACAAGCCAAUCUAUGGGUGGCUCCAGAAUCCCUAACAGAACUUACACCCAAAACCCAAAAUAACAUAAGUCCAGGUGAGCGGAGGCCUUCCAGGGGGAGGGUUGGAGGGUCAGGCCUGUGAUGUGGAGGGCCUGGACCGUGGCGCAGUGGUAAAACCUAUGGGGCCUCGGGUGGCCAUGUAGUGAUGUAGUUCUCCAGGGUGGAGCUAGAGAAGGAGAUGACAACCUCAGUAGAGCAGUAGUCCUCUAUGGUGGGUCAGGAGGCCAUGGCGGAUCAGGAACAUGGACAGCAUUCAUGACAAUGACAUGGCUGGUAUGGACGGACUCUUUAGAUGUGACAUGGCUGGCAUGGAUGACCUCAUUGGAUGUGACAGAGCAUGUGGCCGUGACUUGGGGCAAACACGGUUUAUGGAUGGCCUCGUGGCCGAACUGUAGCAGUCUCCGCAGCCGCCUCUGGAAGAGCUGUAGUGGUCGCCACCAAUGGAAGCACUGCAGAUAAUGGGAUGACUUCCAGAACCACCAGACUUGGACUUAGGACUACUGGACUUGACCUGCUUACCACUCUCAUUAACCCCAGUUGUGGAUCGAUAACACUGGCAGUUAGUCUCAUCCACCUAUUUGCUGGAGCUUGGUUACUAUAGCCCCCCUCCAAAGAAACUCCAGGGGAGACUUGAACGGUCAUGAAGUUAGGGGACUCUGGCAUGGUGGCCAUGACAUGAUGAGACCUGCUGUGAUGGCCAUGACGUGAUGAGGCUCUGCCGUGGCGGCCAUGACGUGAUGAGGCUCUGCCGUGGCAGCCAUGACGUGAUGAAGCUCUGCCGUGGCGGCCAUGAUGUGAUGAAGCUCUGCCUUGGCGGCCAUGACGUGAUGAGGCUCUGCCGUGGUGGCCAUGACGUGAUGAGGCUCUGCCGUGGCAGUCAUGACAUGACAAAAUCAAAGCAAAUCAAAUCAAAAUCAAAGCAAAAAAAAUUUAAAAAAGAAAUUUGGUUGGUAGCUUUGUGAUUUUAGUCUUAUUAGAUCUCAGUGCAACGUUUGAUACUAUUGACCACAAUAUACUUGUCGCUUAGAAAAGACGGUGGGAAUCUGGGCAUGGCGCCUGAAUGAUUUGUCUUUUAUUUUUAAAAUGACUGAUAUUUGUUUCACUAUUUUCAAUUUCAACUCCACAAAUGCAUGAAUCGUAUUAUGUCCUUACGAAGUAAACAUAAUAUUGUGGGUAGGACUAACAACUGACAAAUCAUCAUUUUGAGAAGAGCGAAGCGUAUGAUAUGCACCUAUAGUAAUAGGUAAAUAAGCAAUGCAAUAAGCUGACUGCAGUGAGCUGCAAUGGUGUGCAGGCCUUUGUCUUCCAAAGCAAAACAGUCAGUCAUUUCAAGAUAGCGGAUAGAGAUCUGCCCACCUGGGCCCACCUGUAGCAUUGCCACUAGUAUGCAAAGAGUAAUUAUUUACAGUGUUGACACUUCAUAACUUCUGAGUUCACUCUGCCAUUCUGUAAAUCAGCUUCUGGGCCAAAUCCUGAAUUAUGGUGAUCCAUUCUUGCCCAAUUAGUGCUCAGGGUUGAUCACAAUUUGUUGGCUUCUACUUGUCCACCUGCCUUUUGAGGAUUGACCACAGGUUCUUUAUGGGAUUAAAAUUCAAGGAGUUGCUCCAUUAUGAUGGAAAAUGCACAGAUCAUCACCAAAUUGCCCCUGGAUCAUUGGGAGAAGUUUGGUCUUGAAGGAGAGCCCACUCCCUUGGAUGAAAAGCAGCCCCACACAUGGAUGGUCUCAGGAUGCUUCUGUUGGUACAACACAGGACUCGUGGUAGCAUUCAUCUUUCCUUCUCCGGACAAUCAAUUUUCCAGAUGUCCCAGACAGUCAGUGGGGUGCUUCAGAGAAAAUUAUUUUUUUUACUAAUCUUCUGCUGUCCAAUCUUUGUAGUUUCUGCAGAAUUUCAGUCUGUCCUUUAUGUUUUUCUUGGAGUUUGCUGCCCUUUUUGACACCAGACCAUUUUCCAAAUGUCUUGGCCUCACUGUGCAUGCAAAUGCACUCACACCCACCUACUGCCAAUAUUGAGCAUGCUCUGCACUGGUGAUGACAAGAUUUCAUAGCCAACUCUUUAGGAGGAGAUGGUCCUGGCACUCGCUGGACACUCUGGGACGACCUGAAGCUUUCAUCACUGUAGUUGAACCUCUAUUUGCAGCAAUUUCCUUGCAUGUGAGGCCAUUUUGAUACAAAGCGAUGAUGGCUGCACAACUUUCUUUGGAGGUAACCAUGGUUAACACAAGAACACAAUGACUGGAAGUCUUAUCAGAAUUAUAGAAUUAUAUUUCAUCAAACUAGUACUUGUUCACAUUUCCCCAUGUGUUGAUGAUAUGAUUAGUGAAAUGAUGUUAGCUGUUUUGUUUUGUGCCAGGACCAAAAAAAAUUGAAAUUUGGAUUGUUGUAAUAAAGUUUUUUGUUGUUGUUGUUUUGCUUUUUGCAAUUAUUUAAAAUACAUCUGAUCAUAAUCUAGAAGCAAUGUAAAUCAACACCACAACAAUGGAAACAGGACACUUUACAAACACAGCUGUAAAUUAUGUUUUUUGAAAAUGUAAAAAUGCAGAAUGUUUUCUAUGAAGGUUGUGUUUAGGUGUAGAAUUAGGGAUAGGGGAUAGAAAAUGUCAUUAGCUCAGUGUAAAAACCAUUACCUGAAUAAGCUAUUUUACAUAACAGCUAUUUUGUGAUAGUUAAAUUGCCCUUUGUUCUUUAUCCUUUAUACACCCUUUCCAACAGUGGCUGUAUGAUAUUGGAAUCUUCGGGACUCAUGCACAAC